AUUGGUCCAUAAGAGUUUCCGCCAGCUGACCAUGUUUGACACACAUUGUUUUCGUCAGACACCAGUGGUCUCCUUUUCCCAAAUCACUGGAGAUUGGCUAAAUUGGAGCAUCUACAAAAUGUUGCUCGUUGAUCGCAUAGUAAAAAGGUGGACCAGGACCACCCUUGUUUUGCACUUUCUGAAAGCAUUUGAAGGCAAAAAUUCAGGUGUUGCUGGGAACAAUGGAAGGUCACAAGGCAGAAGAAAAGGUGUUAGAUAUUCUUCGACUGAAUGUGGGCGGCUGUAUUUACACAGCCAGACGUGAGUCCUUGUGCCGCUUUAAAGACUCAAUGCUGGCAUCCAUGUUCAGUGGUCGUUUUCCUCUAAAAACAGAUGAAUCGGGGGCUUGUGUUAUUGACCGUGAUGGACAUCUAUUUAAAUACCUUUUGGAUUAUCUUCACGGAGAAGUUCACAUUCCCACAGAUGAGCAAACCCGUGGUGCUCUGCAGGAAGAGGCUGAUUACUUUGGCAUCCCUUAUCCAUACAGCCUGUCUGACCACUUGGCCAAUGAAAUGGAGACAUAUUCUUUAAGGUCAAAUAUAGAACUUAAAAAGGCUCUAACAGACUUCUGUAAUUCAUAUGGUUUAGUUUGCAAUAAGCCAACAGUUUGGGUUCUUCACUAUCUUAACACAUCUGGUGCAAGCUGUGAGAGUAGAAUUAUUGGUGUAUAUUCCACAAAAACUGAUGGAACAGAUGCUAUUGAUAAGCAGCUGGGAGGAAGAAUUCACAGUAAAAGCAUUUUUAAAAGAGAGGCGGGAAAUAAUGUUCAGUACAUUUGGAGCUAUUAUUCAGUAGCUGAACUGAAGAAAAUGAUGGAUGCCUUUGAUGCCUGGGAAGGAAAAGGUGUUAGCUACUGGCGGGUGCCUCAUGAGCUGAUAGAAUGUUGGACCCUGGAAGAGCGGCCCUUACUUGGAAGCCUCCGUCACAUGGCCCCAGUUCGAAAGAGGCGACUGAUGGCUUUCAAUGAAGAGGAAGACGAAGGUGUGAACUGUAAGACUGGUCCCAAGCCAGUCAGAUUCCUGGGCCCUUCCACCAGCACCCAAAUUAAAGUCAAGAACUCGGCGUCGGUCAGGGUGUCCUCGGCCAGCGCCCUCCAUUCUGCGGGCGGAAAGGCGGCGCCGCACUCGGCGCCGCCGAAGGCUCCGUCCCCCGCGGGCACUGCGCAGCCGGGGCAGCCCCAGGCUCCUCGUGGGGCCGGGAGCGCUGAAAACGGAGCCGCGCACCCACCCCCCGCCAAGGUCCUGCUCUCCGACAAGAAGACCACCCCGCCCCGAGUGAUAAAACUGAAGCGGACUCCACUGUGCGCCGCCGGGCCGUCCCCACCUGCCGCAGCCGCAGCCGCAGCCAGGUCCGCGGGGCCCCCAGUGUCGGCCCCGGAAGCCCCCCAGGCGCACGCGCGGACUGAAAACGGGCGGGGCCAGGCUGAUUGACGGAAGCGUGGGCUCCGGACCUCCCGCUCGCCUCCCGGAGCGCCCGAGCCGUGCGCUGCAAAUAGGUGGCGCUGUUUCUUGGUGCAGUAGGGGUGGAAACGGGUUUCUCUUUAGGAUCGUUACGGGAAAAAUGAAUUAUGUCAAGUAGGAAUGGAAGAGGGAGACUUUACGUGGUUGGGCCUAUCUUUACUUCUCCCAACUUUGAAACGGUUGUCUACUGAUAGUUUGAAUUUCAGGUUUUUAAUUCUUUUUUUUUUUUUUUGAUGAUUCAUUGGUAUUAAGGCAACAAAACAGUACAGUAAAAUCAUCGCUAGAGGAGUCCACUUUGUUCUUGAGUAAUUAUAGACUUUAGGCACUUUUGUAAUGUUACUCAUUGCUGCCCAGGGCCGAAUGAGGUUAGAUAUUCCCGUCUGGUGAGAUAGGGUGACAUUCGUGUUUCCCUGUGCUGUGUCACAGCCAAGAGAUUUGAGAGAAAAUGCAGACCCAGGUGAACUCCCUGCAGGUUUGUUUCAGUCUCAGAAGCCUUCGUGAAAAGAAAUGAGGAAAAAAAAAAGUAAUCUAAGAUCACAUUUUCUUUGACUCAAUUGAACUAUUUUCUUUUCCUAGAUUGUUUUUUUCUUACUCUUUUUUGCUAGCAGAUUUAUUUAUACAUCACAAGAAGAUGUCUUGGGAUGAGAACUAAAUAACGUCUUCGGAAUGAAUUGUUAAAAUAUUUUAAUUUGAAUAGCGAAGUUCUGAAAGUACUUUGGAAAACAAGCGUUAACUUUUAACUGAAGUUACUACUUGUUUCUCAGGAAUGACCAUUGAGGAGUCAUUCUGACUAUACAGUAUGAUUUUUAUGCAUAAAAUUCCCACUUAACUUGAACUUAAUAUUUUUAAACAGAAUAUUUUGAUUAAUCCUCUAUUUUUUCACAGCUAUUCAGUUGUAUGUGUUUACUCUUACGUGUUGAGUUUUAUAAUUGGAUCCCAUAUUUCUACCUUCAGUAAGCAGUAUGCCUUCAGUGUAUUAAAAAUAAGUUCAUAAAGCAGGGUACUUUUUAUUCAGUGCUUAUCAUUGUACUUGCAUUACUUUGAAAGAGUAGAGUAAAUAUACUCAAAACAUUACUUUUUACAAAAUAAAGUAAAAUUUUUCCAUACAAAGUAAUAUUUUCCAUGACUGUGGUUAUUUUUAAGCCUUACAGCCCUUUGUGAGUCUGAGAGGUUGUUUGUUUAUGUAGUUUAUCUAUUUCUGGUUACAAAAUUGCUUUCUUGUCUAGGUAAUGUAUGAAAUAAUUAAACCAAUUUCAGAUAGCUAUCCAGAUACCAGCAGCCUUUUAAAAUAGGUGUUUUAUUUGACUAGAAAAAAGUGAAUGUUCAGCUGAUGGUUCAUGAAUGACAUUUCCCUGUAGAACAGAAAAAAUAUUUAGUCACCUUGAAAAAUACUAUUAUAAAGAAUCCAAGCAUUCUGAAAAUCAAAGAUCACAGUGAAUUUUGAGAACUGCCAUUUCCGACAUACUAGUAUUGCUUGAUCUAGGGCAUUUUGAAUUGCUGAUUCGUAUAAGAAUAUUAUUUUAUACCAGUGGUACCAAUAGACUUGCUUGAUGCAAAGUUGCCACGAAACCUUCAAUCUGUAAGAAAUGCAGUAUCUAUGAAGCACACAAUAAAGCAAAGUGC